AUGCAGUUACUUUUACUCGCAGCUGCAUUUCUCUUUACGCACGACUUCACCGGAGCUGUGCGUCCAGAAAGGUGCGCGUCCCGCUGCGAGGUGAGCUCGUGUCCGAGCCCCAGCUGUCCGGCCGGCGCGUAUGUCCCGGACAGAUGUAACUGUUGCAUGGUGUGCUCCCCCCGCGAAGGAGACCUCUGCGGCCGAAAGAGCGACCUGCCCUGCGGGGAUGGCCUGGAGUGCAAGCUGCUCGCUGCGGGGAAGCGGCGAGGCUCCAAGGGGGUCUGCCGGUGUAAGAUGGAUCAUGAAGUGUGCGGGAGCGACGGGAAAACGUACGGGAAUGUGUGUAAGACGAGAGUGGCCAGCCGCAAAGCUGAGCAGAAGGGGAGACCUGCAGUCAGCCAGGCGCAUAAAGGACCCUGUGUAUCCUCAUCCACAGGUCGCUUCUCAAUCCAUCCCAGCAGCCCUCGCUACAAGUUCAACUUCAUCGCUGACGUGGUGGAGAAAAUAGCACCAGCUGUUGUUCACAUUGAAAUGUUCAUAAGACACUCCCUGUUUAGUCACCACGUGCGUCUCUCCAGCGGCUCUGGUUUCAUCAUUACCCCCUCAGGUGUGAUUGUGACCAACGCUCAUGUGGUGACCACGGAUGCCAUUGCCACGGUAACAGGGCGGCCCCAGCUGCGCGUGCAGCUCUACAACGGUGACGCAUACGAGGCUGUGGUCAGACAUGUAGACAGGAAGGCAGACAUCGCCACCAUCAAGGUCAAUCCCCAGAAGAAGCUCCCUGUGCUGUCUCUGGGCCGUUCAGCUGGUCUGAGGCCAGGGGAGUUUGUGGUUGCUAUUGGCAGCCCCUUCGCCCUGCAGAACACCGUCACCACCGGCAUUGUCAGCACCGCCCAGAGAGACGGAAAGGAGCUAGGCAUCAAGGACUCAGACAUGGACUACAUUCAGACCGACGCCCUUAUUAAUUAUGGAAAUUCUGGAGGACCCCUUAUUAACUUGGACGGUGAGGUGAUAGGCAUCAACACUCUGAAAGUGGCAGCAGGGAUCUCCUUUGCCAUACCCUCAGACAGAAUCAGUCGCUUCCUCACAGAGUCACAGCCCAAACACAGCAAAAGUCAGAGGUCAAAGGCUGAGCAGCACAGAGAAAAGACAAAACUCCAAAGAAGACUUCCAGAGGAACCACAGGGUGAUGCAGUCUGGUAGCAGAGUUGAAACGUCAGAAUCCAGACUUUCUGAGGGCUGCGGUGAAGUUUUGGUGCAACAGGUCAUACCUGACACUCAAGCAGAAAAGUAUGUUCACACACUCCUGCAAUAAGCCAAGCACACACACUGACAUCGCAGUGAGGAAACCCCGAUGGGAAACGGACAACGUGUCAUCAAAGUAGCACUCAAUCGUUGAUUUUCAAAUGCUAUAUUGAUUGCCAUUUUGUAUUUCUUUUUUGACAUUUGGUCUGGUGUUGUCAAGUUGUUACAUUCAUUUGUAAAUUAUUUGUGCAAAGGACAUUACACUUGGUUUGUUUAGCUCUUGUUACAUUUGUUUUGUUCUGUUAGCCAUUUUAAACCAAUUUUGCAUUUCGAGCUGCUUAGCUCGCUAACUUGUGCUAACGUCAUGGGCUCUGCCGCAGCCUGUUCUGUCACUACGGCAGACUGAAAGGUGGUGAAUACUUUAUUUUAACUUCAACCCUCGCAAAAGGACUGUUUCAACUGAAUUUGAUACAUUUUUGGGAAGUCCCGAAGAGCAGCUUGAUUUAUUAAGGAAGAAGAAAACGCCACAGCAACUAACUAAAGCUGCAUUUACAUGAUAAGCUAAUUUCUUUGCGGUGAAAACAGCCAUUCAAGUGUCGUUUCUUUAGUUAAAUUCUCUGCUCGUUAGCGUGGCUACAUUUAGCUACGU